AUGGUUCUCAGUAUAUUUGGAAAGAAGCACCUGCCAGAUAUCACAAAUCAGCAUUAUGGCUCAUUUAGAGAAUAUGACCCAAAAGAGGUGAGUUGUGCAACACUAUUACCGUCACCAUCAUUUCCAGCACCAUCAUCGCAACAACAACAACAACAACAAAAGCAACAGCAAAUAAAGACAGAACGUAAACCUCGACAAACACCGACGUCGACUCUGAUGCCCAAAAAUGCAACUAACAACUCAUAUCACCAACAAAUAAAUGACACGAGUAAAGGAACAACUUACAUUUCUCCGAGGAUAGCUUUGCCCGGCACGGCUCAUAUUCUGAGUGGUUCUGUAACACCUCAAGAAGUUCAUACCCCGCCAAAUCAUUCUCCAGUGUUGCAUAUCGUACCACCAAAAAAGAGACAAGCCACUCCGAAGGAGUCAGAUGACUUUAAAAAAAACAAUUCCCUGGAGGAAGUAGUGGUAUCACAACAUCAGCAGCAGCAGCAACAAAGAGCCAGGAGAAUCAAGGGAGGAAAGCAAAGAACAAGAAAUGUUCCAAGAAAAGGUUUGAAAGCCAAUAGAAAAAGUAAUCCAGGAUCGAAAGAAUCCUUAGAUGGAAAAUUACCAACUAAACAAAAGAAUUCAAACAUUAAAAGAGGGAAAAAACCUCUACCAUAUCCUAUUAAUGAUGAUGUGAUCAGUAUCAUUAUCACCUCCUCUACCAACGGCAAUACUACAACUAACAAUGAAAGUAUUGCGCCUACCAUUUAUGCAAGUACCGGCUUAGUAAAUGAUGAGCAUCCGGAUGCAAGCAACAGUGCAAACGAAAACGAAUUUGAGUAUAGUUCUGAAGCGGCAAAUGAAAAUGAAGAUGAUUUCCCUGAAGGGUUUGAACCUGUACUUGGUCCUUUGAAUCAAUCCUCUCAUAAUCCAUUAGUCGAACCAGUAAAUCCUCGUUGGGAACGCCGGCGUCGAUAUCAAGCACCAAACUUUCAUUUUGAUACUUUGCAACAACUAAAUAUAGCUUCCUCCUUGGUUAACGUUCAUCCACCAGAACAGGAUCUGGUAGGAUUCAUCUCUCACGAGGGAAUUACACCCAGUUUGCAAAGAUCGGUUUCACAACAAAGUAACGAGACAAUAUACGUAGAUGCUCCUCCUAUUGGAAGAGCCGAAGCAGUAGCAUGUAUUUUAGAACGAACUGGAAGCAAGGCUCAAAAUAGUCGAAGGAGUCAUAGAUUGCGAGAAAUGCGGCAACAACAGAAUCCAACAACGCAAGCUAUUUUACCAGUUACAGAAGUCUCAGAAGAAACUCCAGAAGUGCCGCAAGGUUUGGAAAGAGGGGAGCAUCAACAGCGUGAAGAAUAUGUUACAUCAUCAACUUCGGUACCACUGUUGCGACGUGGUGCCAGCUUUGCCACAGUGCGGACAAGUUUAUCCAACUUUCAUCAGCAAAAUACAAAUUUUGCUUCUACGAGUUCCCACAACUUUCAACCAGAACCAUCGCCAGAAAUGCGUGCUAGUCAAACAAGAGAUGCAAUAAUUGCAAGGUUGAACCAACGCAUCGAUCCUUCGCAAUACCCUGCACCUGAUUCUUUGGUAAUUGAAGAGCCUCCUCCAUUAGAUGAGUAUGCAUAUACAGACUCUUCCGAUAUUGGUGAUACCGAAGUGACGCCUCCAUAUCGUGAAAAACUCCACAAAACAGUUGACCUUGUAUCUUUUGAUCCUCGAUAUAACAUUCCCGUACUUCGAGUUAAUAAAAGACUCGUAAAGACACCAAAGAAUCUUCGCCAAACUAUCCGCAAACUUAAUAAGAUGGGCAUAGUUCCAGAUGAAAUUGAUCUUUGGGAGAUCAACAAAGUGGACGAUGUGGAUUUUUAUCAAAUGUUGCCAACGUUAUUAACCGAAGCGCACUCAAGACAUGAUGCCCGUGAAGCCAUUGCUAAUGCAAGGGCUGUUAUUCGCGCACAAAGAGAGGACAGACGUGCCGAGUACGAGUUGGAGAUUCAACGUGCAUUGGCAAUUUCUAUAGAAGAGCAAUCACAGCGUCAGUUGUUUCGUGGAUUUAGAUACAAUGGUCCAUUAAGAGAGGAGAGAGAAGAAGAAGAUGCGGAGGGGGAGGGGUUGCAAAAUGGUGCUGAAAACAAUCUAUCACAAAUCCAUUCUCUUGAUCAGUCGACAGAUGAGUUUGUAAACGUUGAUGAUGCAUUAAGUGCAUGGCAGCAGCAGCAGCAGCAGCAACAACAACAACAGCAACAACCAUUGUCUCAGCAGCAACAGCAACAACAACAACCAUUGUCUCAGCAGCAACUACAUUCACAUUCAAGUCUGCACCUGCGCCAUACCAGAUCAAGAGUGGGAACAAUACCUCGUUCUUUUAAUUACUUACAUCCGGCACAUACCAACUCUUCAGCAUCAUCAUACAUGACAGCUUAUUGA